UAACUACCCUCAGGAAACAAGAUCAUUGGUUAUUGUGCUCUGCCUUCACUGAGAGAAAGACAUGGGGAGCAUUUGGUUUGUAAUUUGGUGCAUUUUAACAGUUUUUCAGCCUCCAAAUUUAGUGACUGCUGAGGAGCCAGUAUGUGUACCUGGGUUUCAGUCAGAUCAGCUCACUUUCAGUGUGACGAGAAACUACCUGACAAGAGGCACAGUACUGGGCAAAGUGGGCUUCACUGACUGCACAGAUCGCACAAGAUUUCUGUUUGACACCUCUGACAAACGUUUUGUAGUAAAGACAGACGGUGUACUGAUGGUAAAGAGAUCAGUUUAUCUUCAUGAAGGACACCAUGACUUCUUCAUCCACUCCUGGGACUCACAAGGCCUAAAACUGACCAUUCCUGUCAGUGUGAGCAUGAAUGCAGCUGAUGCUCGGGUGCCUGUUCUGCAGUUUCCCAAGCCAGGUGAAGGGCUGAGGAGGAGGAAGAGAGACUGGAUUAUUCCUCCACUCAGUGUUACUGAGAAUAAGAGAGGAACCUAUCCCCUGAAAGUAGCUCAGAUCCGCUCUAGUGACGAUAAAAAAAAGAAGCUCUUUUACAGCAUCACUGGUCCUGGAGCUGAUCUGCCUCCUGUUGAUCGUUUCACAAUGGACAGAGAGACGGGCAAUAUGUAUGUAACACAGCCACUCGACAGAGAGCAAACAGCCAGUUACACGUUUGAAGCACAUGCUGUGGUUGACGGAGCAGGACAAGCUGAGGAACCCAUGGAGAUUAAAGUCAUUGUGAUCGACCAGAACGACAACAAACCUUAUUUUACGGUGGAGUACAACGCAAAUGUUGCUGAGGCCACGGCCAUUGGGACUGAGGUGGUUAAGGUUGAGGCCAAAGACGACGAUGAGCCAAAUACUGACAACUCAGAGCUCCGCUAUCGUAUUCUGAACCAGGACCCACCGCUGCCCACUGACAACAUGUUUGAAAUCAACCCAAUUACUGGAAGCAUCAGAAUCACUGGUAGAGGACUGGAUAGAGAGAAAUAUCCACAGUACACUCUGACAGUACAAGCAUCAGAUAUGGCGGGAGAAGGGUUAACUGGACAAACCAAAGUCAUCCUCACGGUGACAGAUGGCAGCAGUAAUGCUCCUGACAGCAGCAGCAACGUGGAACCAAACACUGCACGUGUUUUUCCAGCUAUUUUCUUCACUGAGAACAACAGAGGACCCUAUCCUAUUAAGUUAAUUGAAAUACGGUCUGAUGAACAUCAAAAGCAGAAUUUACAUUACAGCAUCACUGGUCCAGGAGCUGAUCAGCCUCCUGUUGCCCUUUUCACCAUGAAUAGAGACACUGGCAGUCUGUAUGUCACACAGCCAGUCGACAGAGAGGAAGUAGCCCAUUAUAAGCUACAAGUGCAUGUCGUGGCAGAAAGUGGAGAUCACCAGGAGGUCAUGAGUGUUACAGUUAAAGUCAUCGACCAGAAUGACAACAAACCUGUCUUCUCUCAAAACACCUUUGAGGGACAAGUUGCUGAAAACUCAGCACAAGGUUCUGAAGUGAUUAAGGUCGAGGCUACAGAUUCUGAUGAACCAGAUAAUGCCAACUCAGAUAUCCGUUACCGUAUUCUGAGGCAGGACCCGCAGCUGCCCAGUGACAACAUGUUUGAAAUCAACUCAGUUACUGGAGCCAUCAGUGUUGCUGGCACUGGACUAGACAGAGAGAAAUAUCCACAGUACACUCUGACAGUACAGGCAGCAGAUAUGGAGGGAGAAGGGUUAUCUGGACAAGCACAAGUAAUCAUCAAGGUGGUGGAGAGCCAGUAGUCCUGGAAAAGCUUCAGGUCUCCUGUUCCUGUUUGAGCACGAAGACAUCAGAGACAACUAUCACUGGCUGAUUCUACAUGACGCUCUCUUCAUAUGCAUGUGUGAAUGUUAGAUAGAAAGCACUUACAUAGAAAAAAGUGCUUAUGUGAAUGGGUGUGAAUGCAUGAAUGAGCAGUUAAAAUGAUCAAAGCUGGUUUGUCACUGAUCAUGUGACAAUAAAUUCCCAGCAUAGUUAUUAUUCACAUGUAAGCAUUUUGUAGGUGGUGGGAAGCUCUGCAUAUGUGUCUUAGAAAACUUCCAGGGGGAGCUGUGUAUCUGCUGCUUUUCUUUUCAAUGAUUAUUGUAGCGAGCACUCCUUCAAGUGAUUUUCUUGCUCUGUUUGUCAAAGAAAACAAAAGAUUCAAAUGGUGUAAACCACAGUCAGCAGCUGCAUAAACAAUAGAUUUGAUGAUGUGUUGGAACAUGAUCAUGCUGUCACUGAGGAAUAUACUUCUUUAUAGUAACUGAAACAUAUAUAACUAAUUAAGAGUAUUGGUAUCCGAACAUAAAAGUUCAGUUGGUUAUGUCCAAAAGUAUCUUUAAAUUCCAAAGAAAUUAAGUACUGUUACUUUGUCUUGAUGCACACUCAAAAUAAAGUACUAUUACAUCCACUUACAAGUUUGUAGAAGAAACUUGUAAGUGGAUGUUGUGUAGAGGAAGUGUAUGAUGACAGGGAUCAUUUUGCUGUUGCAUGCCAAAUGAUAUUUCAGAUCCAGUUACCACUUCAUGAAUUGAAAACACAAUCCAGUCAAUAUUAUCUGGUUUAAAAUAUACUUGGUGCUGCAUAUUAUUUUUACUUAAUAACAGGGUUUUACUGCAAUUAUAGUUUUUAUUCAUAUCAUUUUUAGUGAGCUUUUCCCAGCAAAUAGACUGACUAACACAGAUAAAUAUAUUCCUGCAAAAACUAUCAACGCAUGUCCGCUUUGACUUCAGAGAAAUCCUUAUUCAGCCUAAAGAUCAGAAAACAGAACUAUCUCUGUCAUUGCACCAACCUUUACAUUUGUCAAAUAUCGGUUUUUUAUUACCUAUAGACAUAUUACCUUAUGUCUCAACAUAAGAACCACAUGAGUGCUGGGAACCCAGGUUACCCACCAGAAAAUGGCAUUGUGACAAAACAGCCAGUGUUAAUCACCAGGAAGUUUUUUAACAGUGUGGCCCAAUACCGUAUAGUCACAGUUCUUUUAAUAUGGCCUGCUGCAUAAAACACAAAUGAAAUAAUGUAUAUGUACUAUACAUGUAUAAGAAAGGAAAAUGGGAUUGUUGCUCUUUUUUUUUUUUACUUUACAGUAACUGUCUAUCUCUUGCUCUUGCUAUGCUGCCUCUUGUAUCCUUUCAGUCAAAGCCAAUAAAAUUAAGCAUUGAAAAUCA